AUGGCGAACUACUCAGGGGAUGGGCUGCUGUAUUACGAAGGUGCGGCGGAGGGCGAUCCAGUGCUCACUUUCGGCCUACAUACCGCCAGCCACAAGCUGGUGCUCGAUAUAGCAGAGGAACGCAAUCGAAGCCGAGCCGGCGCCGACAAAGUUGCGGGAUUCCGGCAGCGCUACGAGGAAGAGGUGAAGGCUGCAAAGAACAAGUACGCGAGCAUUGAUCCUGAAUUCAGCGAUGACGACAUGAAUGCUACCAUUGCGGAGGAAGAUCGCAAACGUGGGUGGGAGUACCCACUGACGAAGACGCAGCAGAAGAAAGAAUUUGGCUGCGUCCCUGCAGAUCAACAGCGGUUCCUGUGGCGUUUGCAGGAUGGACACCUUGAUAUAGUCGAGGACUAUCUGCAAAACCCCAAGAUGCGCAAAGCCAUCGAUGUCAAUCGCUAUGAUGACAUGGGUUUGACACCUUUGCAUCAUGCAGCACGCCUUGGCCAUGCCGACAUCGUGCGGGCGCUCAUCGAGGGCAAGGCUGACCCGCUGUUACGAGACAAAGCCCAAGGGCUGACCGCUCUCGAAUUUGCGCAGCGGGGUCGGGAUUGGGACGCGGGACCCAACGAAGAUGCGAUCAAGGCUGAUGUUGGGAAUGCACUCUCGCCUCAAGUGCUAGGAGGCAUUGAGGCUGUGGCCGGUACUGUGAACGUUGAAGACAGGGUUCGCUGUCCAGUGGUUCUGAUUGAGAUACAUCCAGAGUGCAACGCUGAUGCUGCUACCACCGGAGCCAAAGCCUACCAGAAGAGCAACGGACAAAGCCUUGAGGGCUUGUUCAGGAGCUCAUCGCGCGUUCCAGGGCGAGCACGGCAAGAGCUCCUCGUUUUGCCUGGAGUUCGCGAUGUCUUCGUCAGCGAGGGCAAUGCGUGGCUGGCCGUGACACGACAGCAAGGGGCGGACUGGCAGCAGCUUUCACUGCAAGUGCAAGACCUUCUACAUCAGCUGCCUGAGGAUGUACCAACAGAGAAGAUUGACGCAGAGAUGCAGGCUCCUUCGCAGGUCUCUUCAGUACUGCAAGUACUGCAUGAGGUUCUGCAGAACCGCAUCCGCCCAUCUGUCCAAGAGGACGGGGGUGAUGUCGAGCUGAAGGCUUGGGAUCCCGCCACAGGCGAGGCGGUGCUUCAGCUAAAGGGCGCCUGCCGCGGAUGCCCGCAAAGUGCCGUCACGCUUCAAGAGAGCAUCCUGAAGACACUCAAGCACUUUGUGCCAGAAGUGAAAACUGUCCGUUCAGAGCAAGAGGACACCGAGGACUCAUCAGACCCCUGUGCUGACCUUUCCUGGCUGCACGUGGGUCAGGCUGCCGGCAGAGCCGUGCAGGAUCUCGUGGCCAGGGGCACUCCCAUCUUUUCCACGUUCGCGGGCACCAAGGUCGAGGGGACCAAGCUCCGGCGAAUUGGCUUCAUGUCGGAGAUUGUGCUGGCCGGCCGCACGCCAGAGCACAUCUUCGUGACUUGCCAAGACUGCAAGGCCAAGCGCACCAUCGAAGACCCUCAGGACCUCUUGCGCCCUGACAAGGGAAACACAACGGGAAAUGCUGCCGUGGCCAUUUGUCCCACCUGCUGCGUGGUCAUUUCUACAUAG